GAUUUUUUUUUUCGCUUCAACAGCAUAGAUCAACUAGGUCAACUAGAUCAACUCAGCGCCUUAGUCUCCUGUUGGCCCGUUCGCGUUGAGUUAGAGUCUGGCAUCGUCGGUGAUUCUUGCGUGGAUAUCUCAACAAAUGGCCGACAUCGAGGAACGGCUGAAAAGCCACUCUGACGCCUUCAGCGGGCUGAUGUCUUUGAUUCCUUCGAAAUACUACUAUGGAGAAGACGUCAGCGAUCAAUGGCUCAAGAAAAAGCAAACGAAAGAGCAAGCGAGAAACGCCAAGCGAGCGAAACUUGACCCCGAUGCAUCCAAGUCUGCAAAAGAUGUACUCGAUGAGAACGCGCGGAAACGGAAGCGAGACGAAGAGAACGAAGAAAAUGGGAGCCAAUCCUCUGAGAGCGAGCUAGGCUCAGAACUUCCUAAAGAAGGGCUCAAGCGUGGCGACGCCAAGCCCAAGAAACAAAAGCAAUCAGAGUCGACGGAAGAUAGCAAUGAAUCUGAAGAGGCUAAGAGUAACAAAUCCGACGAGACCAAGGAACGACGGAAAGCAAAAGCCGAGAAAAAGGCACUGGAAAAAGCUGCCCAGCGAGAAAAAAGAAAGGCCGAAAAGACAAACAAGAAGAAACAAUCUGAAAAACAACCACCCGCUGUGGAAAAGCAACCUGCAGUAUCAAAUAUUGAGCCUGAAACCUCGGAAAAUUCUGAAGUAGAAGACAACGUAGAUGCAGAUCUGGACGCCGUCGAAGGGUUUAACAAAGAUCAAGCAUCAGAAGACACAUCUUCCGUCUCCUCCAAUCCAGAUUCUUCAAAUUUCGACAUGUCGAACAAUACCUCCGGCAGCUCAUCCAUAUCAUCUAUUGUACCCCCCAACGAUGCUACAUCAACAGCCCCCAAGACCGGGCCCAAAUCUCUGAAAUCGACACCGGAAGAAUUAAAACAACGACUGCAGAAGCGUCUUGCAGAACUGCGGGCGGCCCGGCACGCGGAUGGUUUUGAUGGAAAGCCCGCACGCACUCGACAAGAACUUAUCGAAGCCCGACGGCGGAAGGCCGAAGAGCGCAAGCAACACAAGAAAGAAUUACGACGAAAGUCCAAGGAAGAAGAGGAACGAAAGAAAGACGAUGAAAUGCAACAACGGUUUUCGCCAGGCGGGACUGGUUCACUACUUGCAUCGCCGCGCUCUCCCGCCGAAUCGCUCAAUGCUGGCUCGAAUAACUUUUCUUUCGGAAGAAUCGCUUUCCCAGAUGGCCAGCACGCUGACCCCACGCUCUCACGUCUCUUGGACGACAAGACCAAGCAAGGUCCCCGAGACCCGCUGGCUGCUCUCAAAGUGGCUGAAACUAAGAAGGCUCGUCUCGAUAGUUUUGACGCCGAAAAGCGGGCUGAAAUUGAAGAGAAAGACAUGUGGCUGAACGCGAAGAAGCGAGCUCACGGCGAACGAGUGCGUGACGAUACAUCGUUGCUCAAGAAGGCCCUCAAGCGGAAAGAAUCCGCCAAGAAGAAAUCAGAGAGAGAAUGGAGGGAAAGGAUAGACGGCGUCACAAAGGGCAAAGAGAUGAGGCAACAACGCCGUGACGACAACAUUCGAAAGAGGAAAGAAGAGCGAGGCGCCGGUGGAAAGAAAGCAGGAAAGGGGAAGCCCAAGGCUCGACCGGGAUUUGAGGGAAGCUUCAAGUCCAAGGCUGGUGCAAAGAGAAAAUAAGAGCGUGUAAUAAUUCUGGUCUUGGGUGUAUUAUGAUGAUCACAUUUGAUGACCCAUGUCUUUCUUAUCCUGUAGAAGGCAUCGAACAUUGUACAGCGUGCCCCUUGGCAUCUUCAUAUCAUUGUUUGGUUAAUAGCGCGGCAUUAGUCUGAUAUUACAAACAAAAGUUAUUUC